GGGAUUGACUGUGGUUUACUGUGGUCUUCACAGCAUCGCACGCCGGUUGGUGUGUGCGGUAGCUGCAUUCAUGACCGGAUCCUGGUGGGAAAUACUGAAUGAAUUUAACUAAGAAGAUAGUCAGGCUGUAAUCUCCUACAGGCCACUACAAGAGUCAGAAGACACGGACAAGAACAGGUCUCAGGACUAUGAACAUUCAGUCUGCCAUCAACAGAGAGGUCUUCAUCCCUCGUGAUGAGCGAAUGUUGGUGGUAGUGGAGGUGCGGAGAAGGAAAAGAAAGAGAAUGUCCUUCCUGCCGACUGGAGCCAAAGGAGACUACACCACAUUCAUCUGUGUUUCAGUGACCAACACAAGGCCACAUCAGCUCCUCAUUACAAAGGUGAAGCGGUUUGGAGGCUCCUCUUCCUUUACCAGAAUCCAGUGGACGGUGGAGCAGCUCCGACAGGUCAACGGCAUCAACCCCCAACAAGGUCGGGAUAGCCCAGAGUUUGACCUGGUGUUUGACAACGCUGUGGACCAGUGGGUGGCCAGCUCAUCAGCGGAGAAGUGUAUCUUUGUGCAGAUCCUGUACCAUGCCUGCCAGACCUACUGGGGGGGGAAAGCAGGGAGUCUAGGCAAGGUGUCCCGCCAGAGGAGAGUGAGUCAGUGCGCUCAGGUCGGAGCUGGUCCCAGUGACUCCUCACCAGGUUCUGCAUCCAGAACCCUGCAGGCCCGACGGAAGAGCUACAGUCCUCCCAGACAGACAGAGUUCAUCAACUGCCAAUCCAAACUCACAGGAGACGCCUGCACCUUGAAUCUGGUCAUCUACCGCUGCAAAGCCUUCAUGAAUCGCAUGAAGAAUGUAAUGGUUGCACACCAAAGAUCACCUGCUCGAGGUCAGCCAGGCCAGCGUGUCACAGGGAGCACUAUGGGUAAUGUAGUCCACAGGAUGAAUGUUGCUCUUGGGGAGCGUGGAAACAGACUGACUCGUGCUGAGGACAAGACUGUGGAGCUGAUGCACAAAACCCAGCAGUUUGCAGACACUGCUCACAAGCUUGGCCUGAAGUAUUCAACAGUAGAGUCUGUUGGAGGAUCACUGGACCUCUUCAGGAUGUUAAAGAUGAAUCCUGUAAACAUGGACACUAACACCGUCUGAUGAAGAUACAUACAACUCUUUAUUAAAGUACAUAACUGAGUUGCAGCAGAGAGAACUAAUUACUGUGUCCUGUCCCACGGUCUGAGGAUCAUCUGCACUGUGUUCACUUUGAAUGUUCAGCCUAUUGUCAGAUGAAUCUCCUUGACUCUAUAUGACAUUUGUUUUUGAAGCCACUGCCACACCUUCCUGUGACAGUCAUUGAAUUGCUUUUACCCAUCAUCAUUACAUUGUUUGAAAAGAUGUGUGCCUAAACCUAAGACCCUUGUGGCGACAGGCAGUAAUGUUCAGGGUGAACGUAGUUCUAUCUGCACAUGGUUUUGACUUAAUUACACUAAAUGUUUGACAUUACUCACUAGCUGCCAUCAUUCUGUGUUCCUAAUAUGUUUUGCGUUAAUAUACACACAAAGUAUUUGUCAUAUUGUGUAAUAUCUAUGUUCAUGUGGAUGGUCCUGAACACUCAAACUGUCUUAUAUGUUGUCUUCUGGUCCGUUCUUCUGGUCUGUGUCUGUCUGUUGGAUUAGUUUGUCUGAGGUCUUGUCUCUGAGAGUUGAGUGAAGGUGGUUCAGGUACGUUGGAGUAUAUUUGUCAUUGAGAGGACUUCUGAGCGAUGUGAACUGAAAGUGGUCUGUGUAGAACAGUCGAGUGACAGGAGGUCAACUGUUGACUUUAGUUGAAACUCUUCAUGUUUGCAUCACUUCUUUCAGUAACUCGGUGUAACAGUGAUUAACGGCGGGUGGGAGUCUUUGAGAACUUGGAUACAUUAAUGGAAAUAAUUCUAACCAAGUUUUCUUUUCUUUUAUGUGUGUGUUUUGCUUUUUGCCUACACUUUAAUGUGUGUGAUGUAGCCUAAAUGUCUCUGAUUUAUGAACCAUUAAAUAAGCCUGGACCUGUU